UGCGUGUGUGUCGGUGUUUUUCUAUUUGUUUAGCAUCUGCAUAGAGGUCUACUUGCAUCUACUCAAGACUUGAGAUACCCAUAAAUGUUCAAUAGAAUCACAGAAUACAUGAACACAAGCGAAAAGGUCCAUUCACAUCGGGGAGUUACCCACACGCGCCACAUGUCUGCAAUUGUGCGUUUUCAGCUUAACACGUUUGUACCUUUACGCUUCAGCACAAACACUACCGCCACGAGAGCCUCGCAACAUUAGUCGAAUUUGCCUCCCCAUCUCAGUAUGCUCGCGUGGCUUGGAGAUUUUCGAAUCAUUCGCUCCUGGGUAUCCUGUG